AUGAUGCGAACUCUCUUCUACCUGGCCCUCGCGCUUACCCUAUCGCUCGCUCUCCCCCAGAGGGCGAAGAAUUUCGUGGAGGAAUGCCCGGAGAUUGUUCCUGGGCCUGGCCUCCCGAGUCUUGCAUCUCUCAAUCUUACUUCAGCAGAUUUGUGCAAGCCGCCCCAGGAAUUCAUGAUGGCGCGAUACGGGCGUGUCGACCCUCUAUUCGAGUCCAAGGAAAAGGAUCCUAGACAAGUCAACAACUGGUGCGGAAGCGCCUUCAUCUCCCUAUCGAAGUCACAAUACUGCUACAACUAUCUCUACGCUCUCGGAAACACCGCCUGCGUCGUCCCAAUGUGGACAAGGACGAGGUUCUGCCACACUACGGGGAAUGGGAAUGAAGUCGCAUGGUAUGGGAACACUGUUGAUGGAACACAAUCCCAGUCGUCAUGUCGGGAUGUUGCCUUGGGCGGACGACAGGUCCUUGAUAACUGCGUACUGCACAACACGCCACUAGGCGCGAUGCACAGAGAAGGUUAG